UGAGGUAAUGUUGAGUGACUGAGCGACAGUGUCGCAGUUUUUGUAGCAGGAAUUCUGUGGAAUGAUGCGGGCGAUCUUGUUUGGUUUCGUCUGCGUAUCCGUGCUAGUGCGGUCGGGAUGUUUUGUUUCCGGUCAGGCUCAGAAUGACAUUCAACCGGGCAAUAAUGGCUUCAAUAAAUCCGUGGCAUGGGGACAGUUCUUUCCGAAGUUUCCGGAUAUGUGGAAAGCUGUGACCAGCGCUAUAAAAGAGGCUUCGAUGACGGAUAUGGAUUUCUAUUACCGGCAAACACUGAAUUUUUUCCGGAGUGGACUGUCGAAUCCAUCCGCUGAACUCUCCGACAGCACACCGGGCUACCGCACCUACCAGACGGAAGUGCGAAAGGCCUUACUCUAUCUGGGCCUGCCGGGCCCCACCAGUCCCGGCACCGAAGACCGGACUGCCGGCACACUGCGCUAUGCACUGCAGUCGCCCUUUCCGCUCUUCCAGAAUACCGGCAUCACGGAGCAGGACGGUCCGAUCUGGCCCGUCGGACCAUUUGUAUGUUUGUCCCGGAAAUCGACAUUUGUGGGUCCGGAACAAGUAAAUCCCAUAAAAAACGUCACAUACUGUACGAGCAGCCGGGAUGAUGCCGUGAUGAAAGUGGUUUGUUGGCUUCCCAUACUGGCGGAAGGCGAUACCGGUCCGGCGAUUCGCGGAACCAAUUACACCACGGUGUACUCGUGUUGCGAGGGAUUCGAACUGCCGGCCGUUCCCACCAGCUUCCCACCCACCCGCUUCACGUCCAUCAUGGAUGUCCUCAUGUUCCUCGACAGGCCGGCGGCACCCGAUAACCGCGUUUGCCAGGAAAUCGCCAAAGACGCGGCGGGAAUUUGAAUCACAUUGUUUGUUGUUGUUAUUAAGUUUUGAUCGUUUCCGGUUGUCAAAUGUCUCGCACGUGACUUGCUAAACGGGUUUUAAUGAAAUUAUUAAACAUGGUUUACAAAUACAUACGUACAGCACAUCAAAAAGCGUGUUUUGCAUGAAAAUAAAUCGCCGCUCGAAAACAAA